AUGCCUUCCACGGUCAAACUCGCUGACUAUCUGUUCAGUCGGCUUCGUCAGCUUGGUGUUGGUUCCAUUCAUGGAGUGCCAGGCGAUUACAACCUAACACUACUAGAUUAUGUUGAGCCGAAUAAGAUACAAUGGAUCGGUAAUUGCAACGAACUCAAUGCUGGCUAUGCAGCAGACGGUUAUGCUCGCAUCAAGGGACUUGGAGCUCUGAUCACCACGUUCGGAGUCGGUGAGCUCUCUGCAGCAAAUGCUAUCGCGGGAUCCUACGCCGAAAAGGCACCAGUUGUUCACAUCGUCGGUACACCUGCAAGGAAGCUCCAAGACUCGAGGGCACUGAUUCAUCAUACCUUCAACGAUGGAGCCUAUGAACGUUUCGCGCUUAUGGCUGAACAGAUCACCAUUGCCCAAGCAAGUCUUCGAGACCCUCGUACCUGUCCUGAAAUGAUCGACCGAAUAAUUCAGCAAUGCUUGAUACACAGCCGACCAGUUUACAUUCAGAUUCCGGCAGAUAUGGUUUCAGUAGCUGUUGCAGCAGAUCGACUCGAGUCCGUGUUGAUGAUACCAGAAUAUAUACCCUCAAAUGAUCAGGAGCGUGCCGUUGAGUAUACCUUAGACCGCAUUUACAGCAGCAAACAGCCUAUGAUCUUGGUUGACGGAGAAUGCAAAGCCUAUGGUAUCACGAAGAGCGUCCAGGACUUCAUCAAACUUACAAAUUGGCCAACAUACACAAGUGCCUUCGCGAAGAGCUUGAUCAAUGAAGGCCUACCAAAUUUCCAUGGCAUCUGGAGAGGCAGUUCCGCCGCUGAUGAGGAUGAUCGUAAUUUCGUACAGAGCUGCGACUUGACGUUAUGCUUUGGUCCACAUCUCAGCACCACGAAUAGUUAUGCCGGAUCGAGCAGACCAGAUCCGGCGAUCACGCUAUAUGUCAAGUCAAAUUCAGUCGAGGCAAACGAACAGUUGUUUCAGGAUCUACCAGCCAGAGACUUUUUAUCAUUGCUGCUGGAAAAGCUCGACAAAUCCAGAGUGCCACACUGUACUAAGCCACCUAAAGCUAAAGGUGAUACUCAGAUGCCCACUCUGGAUGGUCAUGCCGCGCUUACGCAAGCUGAUUUCUAUCGCAAGCUCAAUCCUCUGUUGAGAUCUGGCGACAUCAUUCUUGCCGAGACUGGUACACCAGGCUAUGGUGCUCGCGAGUUUAAGCUACCUCAACACACUCAUCUUUUCAAACCAGUAACAUGGCUCUCAAUCGGAUAUAUGCUUCCAGCAGCGCAAGGAGCAGCGGUAGCCCAACGCGAGAUGCACAGAGAAGGCAAAUGGCCACAAGAUCCGGUAAGACGGCAACAACCACCACGAACUAUACUCUUAAUCGGCGAUGGAAGUUUCCAAAUGACAGUUCAGGAGAUAAGCACAAUGGUUCGAGAAAACCUCAACAUCCUCAUCAUCCUCAUAAACAACGAUGGCUACACAAUCGAGAGAUGUAUACAUGGUUGGAAUAAGGCAUACAACAAUGUUGCGCGAUGGCGGUAUCUGCAGGCUCCAUCGCUGUUUGGCGCAGCAGAACCUACCCAGACAUACUCGAUCAAAACUUGGGAGGACCUCGACAACGCGAUGCAAGAGGAAGAGGAGGCUGGUGAAGCAGGAUUGAGAAUGUGGGAAGUCUUUAUGGAGAGAAUGGAUGCGCCAGCAAUGCUACUAGGAUUGCCAGGCGCGCAAGAGGCGAAGCGAGUCGCUCAAAAUCAUGGCUAG